UGUCAUUUCGACUUCGUCGCUCAGCCUCUCUUCCCUCCCUCUCAACGCCAUGACGGGUGCCAUCGGACUUCGCGGCGAGCGCAUGGAGCUCAGCCAUAUUAUGGGAAGCACGGACGGAAUUACUCGUCGCACCAAGAUUGUCUGCACCAUCGGACCUGCCUGCUGGUCCGUUGAGAAGCUCACUGCCCUCAUCGACGCCGGGAUGAACGUCGCUCGCCUCAACUUUUCCCACGGCGACCACAAGGGACAUGGCGAAACCUUGACCCGCCUCCGCGCUGCCAUCGCGUCUCGACCCCACAAGCAUGUCGCUAUCUUGCUCGACACGAAGGGCCCGGAAAUCCGCACGGGGUUUCUCAGCACUCCCGAUAAGAAAGUCACGAUUGUCAAGGACAGCAUUAUUGAACUUACAACCGAUUACGAUUUUCUCGGGGACGAAACCAAGAUUGCAGUGUCGUACGAAGAUCUUACCACGUCCGUGAAGGUUGGAAGCCCGAUCCUAGUCGCCGACGGUUCGUUGGUGCUCAACGUCACCGAAAUCCGCGAGACGUCCGUGUUGGCGCAGGCGGCCAACACCGCUGUGUUGGGGGAACGCAAGAACAUGAACCUCCCCGGGGCGAAAGUGACUCUGCCGACGAUGACGGAACGUGAUGAAGACGACAUUGUCAACUUUGGGUUGGUGCAAGGUAUCGACUUUAUCGCGGCAUCGUUUGUUCGUUGUGGUCAAGACAUCGACAACAUCCGCGCGGUGUUGGGACCUCGUGGCCGCGCCAUCAAGAUCAUUGCCAAGAUUGAAAACCAAGAAGGCCUGGAAAACUACGACGAGAUCCUGGCCAAGACGGACGCUAUCAUGGUUGCUCGUGGCGAUUUGGGCAUGGAAAUUCCCCCUGAAAAAGUGUUUUUGGCCCAAAAGAUGAUGAUCCGCAAGGCCAACAUUGCCGGGAAGCCCGUCAUCACCGCAACGCAAAUGCUUGAGAGUAUGAUCCACAACCCUCGCCCGACGCGCGCCGAGUGCACGGAUGUGGCGAACGCGGUCCUGGACGGCACGGACUGCGUCAUGCUCAGCGGGGAAACCGCCAAUGGUGAUUACCCUGUCGAGACGGUCCGAAUGAUGUCGAAGAUUUGCAUUCAAGCAGAAGGAGCGAUUCACUACGACGAGCUGUACCAAGCGCUUCGCAACUCGGUGCUUGAAAGCGUCGGUGCGAUGAGCACGCAGGAAGCGAUCGCGUCGUCUGCCGUCAAGACCGCCAUCGACAUGGGCGCCAAGAUGAUUGUUGUGCUCACAGAAACCGGAACGACGGCGCGAUUGAUUGCCAAGUACCGACCGUCGCAACCGAUUCUGGUCCUGACGGCGCUCGGCGAGACGGCGCGGCAGUCGGAAGGGUUCCUCAAAGGCACGUACGCCCGCGUGAUGGGGUCCAUGAUUGGCACAGACUCGAUUCUGUACCGUGCCGCAGACAUUGGCAAGCAGCUCGGAUGGAUCCAGCGCGGCGAUGCCGUCGUGGCAAUCCACGGCAUGCAAGAAGCACGUGCGGGGUCGACCAACAUGCUCAAGGUGUUGGUCGUCGAUUAACAAGUCGUAUAAAGAAUAAGUGUACGUUUCCGACUGCGCUGCGUCGAUGAGGUCGCGCGGGUUGUCGCUACCGGCAGGGACUUGUGGACGAAGCGAUAUAGCUACUGCCGCAGCGACUUGGUGAAUGAAGACGGUGCUGUGUGGAGCUCGCUGCAAUGCCUACGCAAGAGAUCGUACGAUCGUGCGGUGGAGGAUGAAGCAGUGGGCGAACGUACUGCUUCCACAGCAGGUCCAGUUGCUUCGACCGCGCUUCUAGCGCAUCCAUGUCGUUGAGGUUUCUUGGGUCUUUGGAAGAGGGGCGCGGAGAAGAUGCCGCCGACGUCGUGGACAACAGCUUGCUCUAUACAUCGAGGAAUUGUUGAAUUCACGCCUGCGGCCGUUUAUGUGGCGGUCACCUUGAACUUGGCGCGUGUCGCGGUGGUACAGGCAG